AUGGUAGACGAAAAUAGCUUCAAUAUGGCACCAGCAGCAUCCACUAAAAUUAUUACUACCAAAAAGGGAAAACAAGCCAAAGUCGAGUACAAGGAUUUUUGGGGUUCGACCAUUUCCACAAUUGAUCCAUACAAGGAGCGACCUCCCUGUGUUCCGACCUUGGAUCCGUUCUGGGGUCCGCUACCAAAGGCAGCCUACGAAUGCGAAGCGGACGAAAUAUGGGACCCCAAGCCCACCUGUGAGAUUGCCGUCGAUUUGGCGCCCAUUACGAACAAUGAACGCGAAAUCAAAGUGGUCCAAAACUAUCUGGAAUCUGGCUUUCAAACCUUUCAUGGAGCGACGCCUGAAUUCAUUGAACGAUUUCAUGCCCAAACGCCCACCAAAUUGAUUGGCAAAGGCUCGAUUCAUUGGGUACUCCAGUAUAAAGUGCCUACCAAAGUCACAUCCCUCCACAGUGUCCGACAUGACAUUUUGGACAAUCUACUGGAACAUAUGUCAUCUUGCACUGAUGCUAUUGAUACACUGGUGGUGCAAUACAACCGUUUCUCACCAUAUCACAUGGAUGUCUUGUACGCUCUGACCGAAUUGCAAGAAGAAGGCUACAUACGAUCCAUCGGUCUUGAAAACUUUCCACCAAAGCUAGUCGCCCAGGCAGCGUCGGAAUGUAGAUUCUCUGUUUCCUUGAUGCAGCAACCAGGGAGUCUAUUGCUUCCGCCCGAUUCCAUGAAUUCUCCAAUCCAACACCAAUGGAUCACCAAUCCAUUUCUCGAUGGUCUUCUCCUUGGUGAGGCUGCCAAUACGAGAGAUGGCAAAAUACGAAAGAGUUCCAAAAAGAAAAAGGACAAGCAGCAUCAACGGACGACACCUUCCAACAACACCAGUGAACGAAUUCAAACACCAUCGCCGAAACAAGAAAGAGUGUGGCAGUCGACAUUGCAAAAGUGGGCCAAACUCCACGGCAUUGCCAGUACUAGGGACGAAGAAGGGAAAGAAAUAUAUGAUUCCACGCUGAUCUGGGAAACAUUUGAUACCAAUGUCAUGGAAGUCUUGCAAGAAAUGUCUUCCAGAUACGGGGUCUCGCUCAAAGCUCUUGUACUGAGGUGGACAUUGGAAUUGGAUGAUGUUUCGAGCGUGGUGAUACCAGCACCAAAGGGACAAAUCUGGGACGACAUGGAUUUCACAUCCUCUAGGAAGUGGAAGGUACACAUUCAAGAACUGCGAGAAGCAUUUACCUUUCGAAUCGACGAGGAAGACAAGGCUACCUUGACAGAAAUGUCAAAGCAACGCGAAACGGAAGAAGAUCAAGGAAGUAUGAUGGACUUGGGAGAACUCGAGGAGUUCCUAGUCAAACAGGGAUUACCGGAAAACGAAAUUGAAGCACUUUUGGAUGAGCAGCAGCAACAACAGAGCUCAAGUUCGUCGAAGAAUACGGACUAUCCAAAAAUUAAUUUCGAUAAUCCACGGCUGUGGCUAUGA